AUGUCCAGGAACUUGCCAUGGAUGCCAACUCAUGACACCGUCGACUUCGAUGUGCAGUCGCCCGCACGGAAGCGCGUCAAGCGAGAGCCGCUUUCUGACGACCUUAUAGCCUCAGAUAGCCCACCAUUGGGUGAGGUCAAGCAUGAAGCCUUCAAAUCCUCACAACCCCACAUGUCUAUCACUGAACGCGACCUCUUUGAUGGGUAUGGCAAUAUGAAUGAAUGCGCGUCAAAAACAAGAGACAGGAUCGCUGACCUCAAGUUGUUCAGCUCCUCUACCGAACAAUCGAAAUGCAAAAAAAGACUGAAGGACGAGCCCUCCCCCGAUUCAAAGGUCUUAAACCGGCAUACUAAUCCUCGUGGGUAUGCUCCAGGAAGGAUAACUGCGGAUGACAUUGAGCGUUCAACAGAUGGCCGGACGGUUAUGCCGAAAGAGCUACAAAUGAAAAAGAAUGCAGAGGCACUUGCGGCUCGCCAGCAAGCUGCAUUUCAACCAAUGGAUGUCAAGGAUGAGGAGAAAUAUGAAAGUGAUGAUGAAGACGACGUGGAUCUAUUUGCCGGAACACAUUUUCACCAGUUGAUCACAACCAAAAAGAGUAUAUGGUCUCUUACCGGAGUAUUCGGAAUAAAAAUCAAAUCCUUCACUAGAGCAGCAGCGGGAUUCGGGCCGCCAGCUCCGUUGACUCUGAAUCGACGCAGAACUGCGAUCUCUCAGCCUCAUCCGCUACAAGAGGCAAAGAGAAGUCACGAGUCUAGUGGUGCCGUGACGGAAUCAUCAGAUGAAGAUGACCUUGAUGGGCCAGCUUAUCGAGGCCCUACAUCUACAAGAGCAACCGAGAGCAAAGUGGCGGAAGCGAAGAGGGAAACAUCUCGGACACAAAGGACUACAAGCUCUAAGAAAGACACGCAGACGGAUGCCACAAGGGCCGUGGUGGAAAAAUGGAAGCCGUCGCCGGUCCAGCAGAGCAAAAAACCGACUUUGGGUUUCAAGUCAAGAAUGCAAUCGUUGUUUGAUGACCUUGAUGAGCUGCCGGAGCCAUCAGGGUUAAAUACGUCUAUUCCUGACAAGAAAAAGGGUCACUCCUCUGCGAGCAAGACACACGAGAAGAGUCCCGCCGAAAACAAUCUGGGGUCCAAAAAAUUCCGCUCACAUAACGUUCCGACAUUUCUGUUGUGA